ACGCUGCGUAUAGCUUCUGAUAUAAAUCAGGAAAACCCCUACGCAGCGUAUGUUCUUCCCCAAAUUACAAACAAAACCACUACGAACCCCUACGAAGGCGACUACGUAUUUCCGACCGUAUACACGCGAAUUCGAAGUAUAAACGAGAAAAAUGGAGGAAAUGGAUUUCGAAGUAGAUAUUCCGGAGCAGCCGCAGCGGAAACGGCGGGCGCGUCCACCGCCAGAUCCUCUAGAGAAUCACCCUUAUUUGGAGUUUCCUCUGGAGUCCGAGGCUGCGCUCCGUUGCGAGAAGCUUCGGAAGAUGCAUAUUGGUGAACACUUUGCGGUUUCGUGGAAAACCCUCCGGAAGCUUGAGGUUGAAGAUUGGGUGCGGGGGUUUGUUCCCGUUGAUUCACCGUGGGAUCGUCUGUUUGAGCUAUCAUUUACGCCGACCUACAGGGAGAUACUAGUCGAGUUUCUGUCGUCGUUCGAGUUUCAUCCUCGUCGGCCAGAUGAGGUUGUGGACCCCGCGCAGCCCCCUCCCCCGCCCGAGGUUUCUUUUCGCAUGGCUGGCCAGGCGCGCGAAAUGUCACUUGCACAGUUUGCGGUGCAUAGCGGUUUGUAUACGGAGGCUGAGAUUGCUACGGAUCUUUAUACGAAGGGGCUCGUAAUGAUUGAUAAACCCACGCUAUUAGGGUUUUGGGAUCUGAUCGCGGACAUCCGUCAUUGGGACCACCACCAAUCCAAGGGGAGGAGUACGCUGAUUGAGGAUCCGCUCUUCAGGUAUUUGCACAAGAUGAUUUCCACUUCGAUCACUGCUCGAAACAAAAGCCGGGAGUGGUGUACGAGUGGUGACUUAUUCUUUUUGUAUUGCCUCUUAUACAAGAGGCCGUGCGCUCUCGCCUACGGGUUGGCACAGUAUUUCGCCUCCGCGCAUCAUCGACAGGAGCGCGGAAUGCUAUUCGGCGGCGCUUACGUGACCAAGAUAGCCCAUUCGUUGGGCUAUCAUCCGGAGAACGACCGCGGCCGUGUAGGCCCGGCGGCACAGCCAAAGCGGAUGGGGAUGAACACAAUAAACGGGAUGCAUAUUACCAAAGACUUUCCAUGCGGGAAGCGGUUAAAGAAUCUGGACGGCACGCAAUACCAGCUUAAGGAACUGCCAGAAGAGUUCCCUCUGAUUUAUCCCCCGCGGGAUCCGGAGCCGCCGGAGCCGCAUGACCCGGCCGCCGUUCUUCCGCGGCCACCACAGCCGCGUGGACCACCCGGGGCGCCCCAGUUCCCACGCCAUGUUAUGCCCGGUCCUGACCCGUCACAAGAGCGGCUGCUUCGAAACGUUGAGAGAAACAAUUAUUUGUUAGAGUGGGUGGCUGCGGCGCUGCAGCAGCAGCGACAGCAUGACGGGUUACCUCCACUACCCUUCAUUGCGGAUGCGGACUGGGAUCAGCAUCAGCGGUUCUAUCAUGAUGCAGCUGCUAGGGAAAACCGGACCUGCCAUGACAUGACACUGGGCAGACAUGUGACGAUCUUGAGGAGAGAAGCUCAAGAGGACUUAGCGGAUGCCCCAAGAAAACAAGCAGCAAAGGGUACGCAUCUUGUGUUUGUUAAUGUUCGGUGGAUGCCAAGAGUGUAUUGA